AUGGUUGCUCGAAUUCUUUAUCCUGAUGAAAUUGGGUGUGCUGAUCCAGUCACAUGUUAUCAAGUGUGUCAUAGUGCAAAUGGAUGUAAUGACAUAGCCUAUCCGUUGCUGGUAAUUAGACUAAUGCCAAAUGCAAUUCGUGGACUUACCUUGGCUUGCAUGAUAGCUGCUUUAAUGUCAUCGUUAACAUCGAUAUUUAAUUCAAGUUCAACAAUCUUUACAAUCGAUAUAUGGCAACGAUUUCGAAGAAAUGCACCACAAUAUGAACUAAUGAUUGUUGGAAGAGUUUUCGUCAUGUUACUAGUCACCGUCUCAAUUCUGUGGAUUCCAAUCAUUAAAGCGUCUCAAGGAAGUCGACUAUUCGAUUAUAUACAAGCCGUUCAAUCAUUCCUCGCACCUCCAGUAGCAGCGUGUUAUCUUCUAGGUGUUUUAUGGAAAAGAAUAAAUGAAGAGGGUGCCUUUUGGGGUUUGGUCGUCGGCUUAAUUGUAGGCGUUAUUCGAUUUAUAUGGGAAUAUUCAUACUCAGCCAUGCCAUGUGCUCUAGAACAUUUAGAUCAACGGCCAUCUGUUAUUAAAUUUAAUUUUCUCUAUUUUUCGAUUUUACUAUUUUUUAUCUCAGCCACCGUGACAAUUGUUGUUAGUCUCAUCACAAGACCAUUACCAGAACAAUAUGUACUAAGAAAAAUAGAUAUUUCAAAAAGAAUGUUGUUAAUAUGUAUUUUUGUUGUUUUACAGAUUUCUGGAUUAACAAUGUUUGAUUUAGACAAUCCGAACAAACCUCUUGAAAUUCCAACACUACCGGGAUUUUUUCAUAAAGCAGAUACACGUUUUCCAAUACAAAAUUAUUUAAUAAAGAAGAAAGAAUCUGUUCAUCAUAAUCCUGCUCUCCAUCUUUUUAAUACGGAAGAUACAACGGGAACAUUAUAUUACAUUAAAGUUGCAUUGUCCUGGAUCUGUGGUAUUGAGAAACAAAUUAAUUUAGACGAUAAACAAAUUGAGGCCGUUGAUGUAUCGAUUAAACGUGAUGAAGAAAAUGAACAACGCUUGGUGUCGACGCAGUACGUUCGUGAACAAAGUGCCAAAUAUUUAAUUAUCUCUAUCGUGUUAUAA